UUCAUUCCCGUCGGCAGAUGGCGGAUGCAGUAGACGCCUUCCGUCAGUCGCGCAUAGACAACUCACCGAGCGCAGUGCUAUUUUGUUUCGCUCAGCACCAUUUUGUGUGUAUCAUUCGAACGGGACAUUGUGUGUUUGUGCUCCGUGAAGUAUCUCAAUUCAGGAACUAAGUGUACAAAUAAAGUUCAGUGUUUAACUUUCGACAUGCCCGUCGAGGGAUCGAUGCGAUAUCUCGGGCGCUCGUAGAAACCGCGCCUCCGUCAUGAGCGAGUGAUCGUCGGCGUAAAAAAAGUUGACACAGGAAACAUGUCUGGGCGGACCGUCGACGCGGAUGCGAGCGAAGGGUUCGAGUUCGAAAUUCGAAAGCGGUCAUGUCAUCGCCUCUCGGAUUUCGUCUAAGUCACCGUCCAAUGUCAAAAUUGUGUCCCUCGCGCUCGCGCCUCGCGUCCGUCGCGAGCGGACAGUGCGGCCAGUGGGCAGUGUGCGGACAAUGCGCUCGUUGGUAGCGUGGUGGGCCGUGGCGUCCGUGGUGUGGUGGUGCGGCGGGCCGGCGGGCGCGUGCUCCAGCAGCAUCAGCAAGCGGCCGGCGCGCCCGGCGCGGCCCGCGCGCCCGCCGCAGCCGCGCCUCAACGUCACGUUCCCCACCUUCAAGUGCGAGCCCGACUACUCGGAGUACUACUGCCUCAACGGCGGCGCCUGCUUCACCGUGGUGAUCUCGGACAGCCCCAUCUAUAACUGCGAAUGCCGCAGCGGCUACGUGGGCCCGCGCUGCGAGUUCAAGGACCUGGACGACUCGUACGUGCUGACGAGCCGCCAGCUGCUGAUGGAGACGGCGUCCAUCGCGGGCGGCGCCACGGUGGCCGUGUUCCUCGCCAUUCUAGUCUGCUUCGGCGCCUGGGUGCGCCUGCGAGCGCCGCGCAAGGCGCCGCCGCCGCCCGAGCGCGGCCUGGUGCAGCUGGUGGCCGUGGCGGCGCCGCGCGGGGUGCGCCUGUGCGCGCGCGACGCCCUGUGCGUCAGCUAGUGGCACUGUGAUAAUUAUUUUACGGAGCUCAUAAUUUAUUAGGAGGGAUUGUUUGUACAUAGACCGGAUCGAGCCAUUUGGAGUGUUGCGUUUGUCAAAUUCCAGUCCUCGGUGUUUGUGAAAUAUAAUUGUAUAAUUUGUUGGUAUUCAGUGUAUUGGACUUGUGAGAUCAGCAAUGACCGUAUACCUUGUGCUACGCUUCAAGUAGAGCUGUUAUGUUGUAUAUUGUUGGCACUAUAUCGCAGGAGGCGGUGGCCCUGCCCGUCCCGGCAUGCAACUGCUGUCUUGGAAGUGAUUCUUAUUGGAUUUCACUGUAGAAGUUGUAAGAGGGGCAGUGCUUGCUGGGCAGGGCAGGGUGACCGCGGGUGCCUCUGGUCCCACUGCAUGUUAUUGUUUGUAAUGUAGCAAAUGUUUAAUGGCCUCGUGGGAGGUUGCCCACUCGCCCCAGUCUGCACACGGUGCUGUGCAGACCGGGGCGUGUGGAUGUAUGUGUAUAUUGUGCCGAGGCGGCGGGUCUCGGCCUCGGGGUAUAUUUGUGAAUCAAUGUUACUUGUACUAUAGUAGUAUACAUGAAUGUGAUGAAUUGGCUGCCUGAGAGCCAGUGUGGCGCAGUUCCUAGCCGCAGCACAUUCCAUCAGCGGAUCAGUAUUAUUUUGUAAUACGAGUGUUAAGCCGGCAGCUUUACUUUAUUUUUUAAUUUAUACCUGAUAUCCCGGUGGGAUAGAGCUGUAUUAUAUUCAUUUAAAGGCUGAGAUGUGCCCUUAACGAAGGCUUCUUGUAAAUAUAGCCAGUGUAGGUAUUUAUUAGAUAUUUAUGAACGUUUAUUUAUUGACUGCUUUAUUUAGUUAAAACUCCAUGAUCCAACUCGCCUAAUAACUAUUAACGGUUGCAUCUAAACCUUGCUAAGCACGGCCUCGCGUAUCGUAUGCCCUAUUGUAAUCUCAUUGUGAAUCUCGCCUAUUGUAAAAAUUGUAAAACAUUGGAUGGUGUCAAAACUCUCUGCAGUGUGAGCGCCCUUGCUUAUGUUUCUUUUUCUCCAUUAAACCUCAUUUGUCGCUCAGUAAUUCCUGUCUCAUAUUACAUAUGUAUAGUCUAGUUUCUUAUUGUAUUUCGACAGCUCACACUGUAGGGGCGAUACAAAAAAAUCGCAUAAUAAUUUCUGAACUGUGUCCUCAAACUGUGUACUUGGAAACUGAUAAGUUGGUAAUGUUUUAUUCUAGACAGUUCCUACCCUUGUACGGCAAUUUCAUCAAUUUGACUGGAUCGCGAUGCCACUGACUCCUCAGUUCCCAAGUGGGCAGCAAAGUACUUCCCAUGGUAUUGAUUCAGAUGAGAUGUUUAUAUGAACAUUCCAAAGUAUAUAAUGUAAAAUAUUACCUACAUCGCUAAUAAUUUUGAAAUACCUGUUAAGACGCUACAUUGUUAAUUAUACAGUUUUCUAUUGAUCAUUAUUUGUUAAAAGAAAAUUAUACGAAACUAAAUCCUU